ACAAAAAUGUUCCAUUCCCCCCCUCCGCCCCCUUUUGCAUUGUUUCCCUUGCUAUCUUUUUCUUUUCCUGUCAAAUAACUAAGCAGGAGAUUUCCUGCUUGAUGGUGUGCCAAGCAGAAUUCCAGCUCCUUUACUCUGCCCCUUUGAAAAAAAAAUCUGACCCCAAUUUCCAUAACCAAAGAAGAGACAGGUUGCCAUUGUUUGUGUUUCAGAGCAUGACUGUUUUUCUUAGAUUUGCACCCAGUAAAGAGAAAUGAUGCUGUUAUUCAGUAUAGAAAUUAUCCCAGUGACCCCAGCGAAAGCAACAGUAACAGGGACAUAGUAAGCUUACUCCUGCACAUAGUAAGAUUACUCCUGCACACUAGAACCUGUGUCUUUAGCCAAUACCUUUCCCCCUUUUCAUUUUCUUUCAGGCCUUGUUUAACCCUGGGAAUUGCCUCAACAGGCAUAAGGUGGCCAUCAAUUGGGUAUCUGCAUCAGGGCUGACCCUGCUGCGUGUAGACAAGGACAUGCAGAGCUUUGCACUGAAUGACCUAAUUGAGGUUUACCUCUGCUUCUAAUUGGGGUGAACUUUAAUUAGCUUAAUCAGUGCAAACCUUGACUUGCCCUGGUCCAUUAUUAUCAUCAUCUGCAUUAAAAGUACCUAGAGGCCUCAACCAAGAUUAAUGGCCCAUUAUGCAGGCUGCUGUACCAACACAAGGUAAGAAAACAGUCUCUACCAGGAAGAGUUUAAAAUCUAAAUAGAUAGUAUAAAAGGUGGGAGGAAAGAAAAAUCAUAUGGCCCAUUUAACAGAAGCACAGAGAGAUGAAGGGUCAAAUAUUGAAAGGUAUAUUUAGGCUCCUAACCAUGCUGAUAGGCACCUGGGCCCAGAUCCUCAAAAACAUGUAGUUGCCUAACUCCCAUUGAACUCAGUGGAGUUAGAUGCCUAAAUAUCUUUGAGGAUCUGGGCCCGAGAGAGAUUUCCAAAAGCAUUUCAGUGCCCAAAUCCCAUUGAAAUCUGCAUCUUUAGGUGCCAAAAUAGAUUUUAAAAUCUGGCCCCCAGGAGACUCUUCCAAAGUCACACAGGAAAUCAGUGCUGAGAAUGUAACCCAGAUCUCCUGAGUUUCAGGCCAAUGCCCAGGCCAUCCUUCCUCUCCAUUCAUAUAUUACAGCUCUGAUGCAGUUACAUCAAUUGCUGGACACCAAUGGCUGAGCUGGACUAUUGCCAAGUAUAAAUAAGGCCACAGACUAGAGGUGUACUAGUGUUGAAAACAAGACAUCUAAGAAAUUAUGGAACUGGCAAAGAGAGAAAAGGAGAAAAACAGGAACAACAACUGAAGAUAUACUUGAUGGGUUUUGUGUAAUGAUGAACUAACCUCAACCGGAGUAGACGCCACAGCACAGCAAGCAUGGAGCCCGUUCAGCUCACCGCAGCAGUGAUGACCACUGUAAACACCUCGCGCAUUAUCGUGCAGUUUAUGCAGAACCAGCACCUGAAAAACCAGGCGAGGAGGCAACGGAAGCGCGGUGAUGAGGACAUGAACACACUUUUCUCUAAAACCGUGUUCCCCCGCAAUUUGGAGAUCAUGGUGUUAAUGGGGCAGGCUCAUGCUGUGGAACGCUGAUUCUGGGCCCGGGAAACAAGCACAGACUGGUGGGACCAAAUAGUGUUGCAGGUUUGGGAUGAUUCCCAGUGGCUCUGAAACUUUCACAUGCGAAAGGGCACUUUUAUGGAACUUUGUGACUUGCUUUCCCCUGCCCUGAAGCACAAGAAUACCAAGAUAAGAGCAGCCCUCACAGUUCACAAGCGAGUGGCAAUAGUCCUGUGGAAGCUUGCAACGCCAGACAGCUACUGGUCAGUUGGUAAUCAAUUUGGAAUGGGCAAAUCUACUGUGGGGGUUGCUGUGAUACAAGUAGCCAAUGCAAUCAUUGAGCUGCUGCUAUCAAAGGUAGUGGAAAAUGUGGGAAAUGUGCAGGUCAUACUAGAUGGCUUUGCUGCAAUGGGAUUCCCUAACUAUGGUGGGGCUAUAGACGGAACACAUAUCCCUAUCUUGGGAACGGACCACCAGGGCAGCCAGUACAUAAACCGCAAAGGGUACUUUUCAAUGGUGCUGCAAGCGCUGGUGGAUCACAAGGGAUGUUUCACCAACAUCAACGUGGGAUGGCCGGGAAAGGUCCAUGACGCUCGCGUCUUCAGGAACUCUGGUCUGUUUAAAUGGCUGCAGGAAGGGAUUUGCUUCCCAGACCAGAAAAUAACUGUUGGGGAUGUUGAAAUGCCUAUAGUUACCCUUGGGGACUCAGCCUACCCCUUAAUGCCCUGGCUCAUGAAGCCAUACACAGGCACCCUGGAUAGUAGUCAGGAGCUGUUCAACUAUAGGCUGAGCAAGUGCAGAAUGGUGGUAGAGUGUGCAUUUAGACAUUUAAAGGGUCGCUGGCGCAGUUUACUGACUCGCUCAGACCUCAGCAAAACCAAUAUUCCCAUUGUUAUUGCUGCUUGCUUUGUGCUCCACAGUCUCUGUGAGAGUAAGGGGGAGACAUUUAUGGCAGGGUGGGAGGUUGAUGCAAAUUGCCUGGUCGUUGAAUACGUGCAGCCAGACACUAGGGCGGUUAGAAGAACACAGCAGGAAGCGAUGCGCAUCAGAGAAGCUUUGAAAACCAGUUUCAUGACUGGCCAGGGUACUGUGUGACACUUCUGUUUGUUUCUUCUUGAUGAAAACCUGCCCCCUUGGUUGCCCUUAAAUUCCCUGUAAGCCACCCGCCCUCCCCCCUUCAAUCACAGCUUGCUUGCAAAGGAAAUAA